AUUGAAUAUGGAUAUUAACUCUUUAAAUACGAAACAGAUAGUUAUUUUAAAGCAAUAGCCCCGUGAUUGUGCCUGGCGACAAGGGGAAAUGGGGACCCAAAAGUUACUUUGGUCCUCAUUUGGAAUCUUGUUGCUUACAUCAAGUUUCGUCACCGCUUGCGAUGAGAAAGGACUGUGCUUGCUGGAAGCCCUGAAGGAAAUAAAAGAAUGCAAAAAAUCAGUACUGAGUUCGUUACUGAAGCCGCUGCUUGCACCAAAAUGUCUAGGUAAAGAAAAAGAGCUCUUGCUGCCAUGUGAGAAACUCUUACCGCCUUUACCACCUCUGCCGCCGCCAGCUCCUCCUACAAUUGUACUGAUGCCUGCAGGCGCUCCCCCUCUGCCUCCACCGCCGGCAUUACCACCAGUAAUGUACGCAGCACCACCACCAGCCCCUUACCUCUUACCACCACCACCAGCCCCUUGCCUCUUACCACCUCCACCCUCACCGUUGGUCCUCCCUGCGCCACCCCCGAUACUUCUCCCUGCUCCGCCACCACCUACAUGUCUACCCGCUCUGCCUCCUCCACUAUUACCCCCUGCACCGGCUCCAGCUCCGGCCCCUAUGGUCCUACCGGCACCCGCUUUUUGUCUCCCACCACCAGCACCAGCACCUAUAGUCCUGCCUGCUCCUCCGCCACCACCUCUCAUAUUACCAGCACCCGCGCCUGCCCCUGUCUUCCUUCCCCCACCACCGCCACCCUUGGUGAUGCCAGCGCCAGCUCCAGUAUAUCUACCCGCGCCACCACCUCCUGCACCAAUAGUAUUACCAGCACCUCCUCCAGCGCCUAUCGUAUUACCAGUUCCUCCACCGGCCCCUGUAUGUUUACCUCCUCCACCUGCCCCUGUAUGUCUGCCUCCUCCUCCCGUACCUUUACCUCCCCCCGUAUAUCUUCCUCCCCCACCUCCCGCACCUGUAUACCUUCCUGCUCCCCCUCCACCACCGGCGCCAUCUCCUAUUGUAAUAUCUCUUGUACCUCCCGCACCUCCAGCACACCAUUUACCUCCACCUUGUUCAUGUGCACCCCCGCCCCCUCCCCCAUGCCCUUAUGCCCACCCGCCGCCACCACCACCAGCUGGUAUUCCUAUGACAGCGUAUAUGGUGCCGCCACCAGUACCAUGCAGUCUAGAGCCGAAGCCUCUACUGGAGCCGAAACUUCUAGAACUACCUAAGCCAUCGUGCGGAUGUGCCGCCGCGCCCCCACCAGCAUAUCCCUAUUAUUACAAAUAAAUCACUUUUAUUAAUAAAACAAUUAUGUUAAUUAUAAUUAUAAUGUUAUUUAUUAUUUUAGUAUGUACAGAAAUCUUUUGUAGAUAAUUACGAAUUUAUUGUAUUUUAUAAAAAUAUACAUUAAAUUUUUCAAAUUGUGUUUAUAUUUUAAUAAAAACAAUUUCAGUACAAAUAAUACCAUGGAUACGAUUUUUAAGGAACUAUCACUUAAAUUUAACACAAAUAAAACCAAAAUACUCAAAUCUU